AGAAUCAACUCUAUCAGCUCGAUAGCCCAUAUUCGAAUCAAUGAUCAGUAUAUUCCGCAUCUGAGCGUGUGUAACGUAAUAGUGACGUCACGCGAUCUGGUCCAAAACAAACAAAAUGGCGGCGCGCUUGAGAUCGGUUCUUCCUCAGUUGUCACGGUUUUCAGCGAUAUCAACCAACUCAUACCACACGCAAUGCACCGGUCAGAGAAAAUUCAAUUUGCUGCACGUGACAGCAGUCAAACACUUUUCACUGCGACAAUUGUCCGUCCAGACACAAGAUACCCCAAAUCCGAGAAGCUUAAAGUUUCUCCCUGGUAAACCUGUUCUUGGAUCCGGAACCCUGGAUUUUCCUUCUCCAAGCUCUGCAGAAUGCUCCUCUUUAGCCAGGGAUCUCUUUGAAAUCGAAGGAGUAAAGAGUGUUUUCUUUGGGCCAGACUUCAUAACUGUUACAAAGAUGGAUGAUGACGUGGAAUGGACAGACAUUAAGCGGUAUUCCUUGGAUGCAAUUGUGAAAUUCUUUGAAAGUGGCACUCCUAUUACCACAGGAGCAGUGAACAAUGAGAGCAGUUUCUCUGAAGACGAUGAUGAGGUUGUUGCCAUUAUAAAGGAGCUUCUAGACAACCGGAUUAGGCCAACAGUGCAGGAGGACGGCGGUGAUAUCAUCUAUAAGGGCUUCGAAGACGGCAUAGUCAAAGUAAAGUUGGUGGGUUCCUGCACUGGGUGCCCAAGUUCUACAGUCACUUUGAAGAACGGCAUCCAGAAUAUGAUGCAGUUCUACAUUCCAGAGGUGGUCGCCGUUGAACAGGUGGAGGAUGAAGUUGAUGAAGUCAAUGCUAAAGUGUUCUCUGAACUGGAACGCAAGUUACAAGAUUAGGCCCGCCCUUCACCCAACAUACCUGUGAACCCUAUGUUUAUGAAGGAAAAUAGCUUUCACUUUAAAACAAAGCUGGUUGCAUUGUGCUUUUGCUUUUUGCUAAUGUACUUUGGUGAUUGUAUAGAAUAUGAAAAUAUGUUUAUACUGUUUGCGCUGAAGUUGUAUCAGAUUUAGAACAAACGGCCACAUCCGUAUUUAUUCCUUAGUUAAAAGGUAUAUGUAAUGCUGUUCUGUAACCUAUCUGAGCACACACUGUGCUCCUCUAUGCAGCACCUACUGUAUUUAUUUCCUAUUUUCAUUGCUUCUAAAAUAAAAUCCCAAUAUUUCUGUGCAGUGAUCCACUGUACUCUGCUCACUUAUCAGACAGCUAAGGAUUCUACAUAAACACUGUAUUGACAAAAUAACCAUUGAACUGAAUUCAAAUUGCUGGUAUUAUUUGUAGUUUGGAGCUCUAUAAUGUACCAUAUUAUAAAUAAAUGUUCUUGCUGGAAUCAAAUCUAAA